AUGACAACCACGCGGGGAACCGCAGCUGCCGUGCUGAGCGGCCGCCGCGGUCAGGCUCUCCGAGGACAGAGGCGCCCCGGGCGCUGGGCGGGCUUUCGCGGGAAGCAGGGGGACGUGGAGCCCGAGUGGGUCCCGCUGACAACGUGGAGUUUUCUGUUGGGUGUGCGGGGCCGGGCUCGGGCGGGACUAGAUGGCUCCAUGGGGUUGGCAAGUGUCUUCCUCCAUCUCUCCACGGGCUGUCCUGGCGGCAUGGGAAGCAAACUCUUUCUUGCGGGAGCUCGAAGAGCAAGUGACACCGCCAGUGGUGACACGGAGCGGACGUCACAGUGGUAG